AUGGCUUCAGAGCCCCCCGACAAUACCCCGUCCCCGUUCCCGCUCACGACCGUGGACCAGUGUGUCCUGGCCAUGACCGAUGACCAAUUCCAUCCACAUACAUGGGAAGACCUCAAACAGAUCAUUGCUGAGCACAACCUCAGUGUCCUCAAAAGGUGGCCUUCCGACCUGAGACGCUACAUCAAAUGGUCAAGCGAAAUGAAAGCCGCCUAUGGCAGCGUCCCCAAUUUUGUCAUGAGAGAACGGCUGAAAUGGGCACCUUUACAGUCGUCGACCCCGGAAACGGGACCAAGAUUUGCCGUGAAGAAUCCUGACCCUUUCGCCGACAAAGCCGACUACAAGAUUCUGGUCAAUGACUGGCCGUAUGGAUUGGCGCCCGGCAUUAGGCACCUUAUCGUCUGGCUCAAGAGCAGAUUGGAAUCAGAACCUACCAGAGGCGACAUGACGCCAAAAUCGAGACAGCAAGUCGAGGAUUUCAUUCAGUCUACAUUUGUGGACCGAGUCAGGGAAUUGCCCGGCGAGUACGAAAAGGUCAUCUGGUUCAAGAACUGGACGGCGUUGCAAUCCGUGCCGGGGAUGGAACAUGUCCAUGUUUUGGUCAGAGACGUCCCCGACGGUCUCAUCGCAGAGUGGACAGGUGGAGACCGACCUUUAAACAAUUAG